UUAAUUAUUUUAAUUGGUUACACAGUCGCCGCCAUGCUUUCAAAAUGGACGGCUCGAUUCGCGCGCGCUUUUUGCUCGCGAUUAGUGUUGGCUACCUGCAGAUGACGUAUCCUUACAACAUUCGCAACCACCCUUGUUGCUUGGAACCAAACGAAAACCUGACCUUAGCGAUGAUCAUCGAUGCCUUCGAGAUUUACGGCCACGACCCCACCGAUAAGCUGGAUAACCUCUGGCUUUACCAGCACGAGAUGAUGAGGGUCAAAACUGCUGAGGACCAAUAUAUGAUAAAUGAGCGCGUUCACAUAGCGACCGACCAUUUAGGUCGCUUCAUCAAAUUACACAUACAAGAAUUAAAAGUCCUUCUAAUAACCCUUGACGACGUCAUCGACAACAUGUUGACUAUGUACGAAAAUCAUAACUCUAUCGCAGCAGAAAGGAAAGCUACCUACACUGGAGGACCUGUUCCUAUGGAGUUUUAUGUCAGUCAAGAAUUUUACUGCGGCAAAAACGUGUACAUUUUCUUCUCCGAGCUCUACAGUGACAUCUACAACAUGGGCAAAGGGGUGGCGCCGUAUUGCAAAGAUCGUUCGUUCGUGUUCCUGGGAUUCCUUCACUAUCACGACGAACAAAAGUAUUACCUGAUCGAUGAUCCCAGCAUAUCCUUCCCGACGGAUAACUACUUGCACGGGCUCGAAUGUCACAUUGGUAUUUGUAUAUUUAGAUUUCCAUUCAAAAAAUUAUUGCAAAGGGAGAGAGAUGUUACCACUCUACCGAAGGCGAUUGUAAAGUGCGGUCUGAUCAUGUACAAGCUUCCACCGCUGACUGCUGCAUCAUGCAUCAUCACUUCUGGAUCGUUCAUCUUGGACUUUAAUAUACAGGGACUCCGGUAUCGGCACUAUGAUUAUUUAUUGACAAUACCUAACGGCAAUACAUAUUACACAAAGGAACAAAACACGCCACUCGUUUGCGACCAUCAUGUUUGCGAAUGGAAUUACACGAACCAUUAUGGUGGUCCGUUCCUUAUCCCCGGAGAUCCAGGAACAGGAAUAGUCCCGGUACCUCCGUACAUAGAACCCACACCAAAGCCUGAUGAAGAAGACCACGAGGAAAAUAUUACCGUACCUUAUAUUUUAGAAGGCUGUCUAUUCAUGUACCCGCCUAACUAUGGCUCGAUAGCCGGCAAGAGUUACUUGGACACGGUAGAGCUUCACGGCGAUAGAUUUACUUGCAGCGCCGCCGGAGGAAGCAAGGGUCUAUAUUGGUAUCCACAAUGGAUGGGUGCUCCGGCCCACGACCCGUAUCCGUCAGUAAUGGAUGACAAAAGCUCUUUCUACCCACAUGAGAGCUACGAAAUAGGUGAAGAUGACAUGACAGAGAAUUAGUUAUUUACCAAUUAAAACUAUUUUUUGUAAAUAAAAUUUUGAAAGAU